CUUAGCUACCUAUCCUUCUGGCAGGGGGAGCCUUUUAUAUUUUCUUACCCCCCCCAACUAGCUUUCUUCCAAAAUGGACGGUGUUUCAUUUAUCCUCAUGCCUGCUUCUGCUACCACUGCAACUGCCAGUCCUCCUGUUACUGCUGCUGCCGUUGCCGCUGCUGCCAACCCUACUGCUCCUGCUUCUGCUGCUGCCGCUGCCGCUGCUGCUCAUCUCUCAUGGCGACCGACACCUCGCGACUCGCCUCUUCUCUCGUUGUCAACAUACGACUCGAUUCAUUCGAGAGCAUCUUCUCCUUCAUUUCGUCCAUCUCCUAAACUCCGUACUGCAACGCCACCAGUGCUUCCUAUGCUUCUACCUUUCCAUUCACCUUCGUCUUCAUCCCCUUCGCGUUCUCAACCGCAAACUCCAGCCUCGUUUCAUUACCCUCAUCAUCAAUAUUACACCACUUCUCAUCCUUCCACUCCUUCCUCUGCGACUUGCCCAGAUUACCAUCCCGCUACUCCGAGUAAACUAGCGAGCUCUUCAUUGCUUUUAACGUCCAUCUCGCCAUCACCACCACCUCUACCACCACCUUCAUCUACCGAUACCCACUCGUAUAUUCACAAUUACGCAACUCCCAAUACCCCUGCUUCGAAUCCUACUUCAACUACGAACAGUCCACGCUUCAAUCAUUCCUCACCUCGCUCAUCUAUCUUUCAAUACCCGGCUUCCGUUCCGAUGACGCCUUCUUCGUCGAUGGGUCUUCCGAGUCCUACGUUUCCGCCGCGUAAGCUGUCCUCACUACAGCCGCCAGCGCCACCACCACCAUCAGCGUCAGCGUCAGGAGGAGGAUCAGUACCGAUGACGCCGACGCAUUUGUCACAUGUUCAUUCUCCUCGGACUUUAUCCCCUAUUGUUCCGCCUCGAUCGCCUGCUCGUAUGCCUUCUGUUGUAGCGGUUUCUGGGGAAGGGGAGAAUGUGGUGAUACCGUUUAUUGAGAGUGUGCUUCAAGAAGGGGACGUGCUUGGGGAAGGAUGUGAGUUGAAUGGGGAGGUGAUUAGGUGCGUGAGCGUUAGUGGGUGUGUAGGGGACGGUAGCGGUAGUCGUAAUGGGAGCGGUGGCAUGACGAGUCCGCCUAGAGGAGCAAAGUUUGAGGUAGUGAGGAAGUUGGGAACGGGUAGUUAUGCCGUCGUGUUUCUCGUGAGGGAAGUGGUGAGUGGGUUGAAGGAGGAGACGACAACGACGCCGACGCCGACGUAUGGUGGAGAGGACGUAUUUUUGUUUGAUGAGAAUGAGUGUAAGCGUGGUGAGAGUGGGAGGAAGUAUGGGAGGGAGUUUGCGAUCAAGUGUUUGAGUAGGGCGAAUUUGUCGUCGGCUGAUUUGGAAGUGCAGAUGCCCAGAUUCAUCACUCGAUUGGACCUCAUCCGAACAUUGUGACGCUUCAUCAAACGCUCGAGACGCCUUCGUAUUUGUUACUCGUGUUGGAGUAUGUUCCAGGCGAGGAUUUGUUUUAUUUCCUUGAACAGUCGAGGGAUGGGCAUUCCUCUGUUACCGCUGCUGCUG